CGCAAAAAAGCGGCUCCUAAAACCGAAAUAAAUGCGAUUGGGAGGCUGUAAGGCGGUUAGUACACUUUAAUCACAGUGCUGCUGCAGACAGCGAGCGGCACACAUACCAGCAACGCAUAAAUAUUGGUGAAUCACAGCUGAGCACCAUCUCGACAUGCAGCGCAGGAGCUCCCAAUACUAUCAUGACACGAACGGCGUGCCCCUCGAAGACGGCCGCACGCACCACGUCGGCGUAGCCAAAGGCGAGGUCGCGAACCGUAUUGUAUUAGUCGGGUCCUCGUCACGCGCCGUGACGUUGUGUUCAUUACUAGACGGCGCACCGCAAUUCUCGAUAAAGAGCCACCGCGGCUUCGAAACGUAUACGGGCACCUUCCAAGGCACGCCCGUAUCUAUUAUAACGACGGGCAUGGGCGGUCCCAUGAUGGACUUCGCGGUCCGCGAGCUGCGCCACGUCGUCGACGGAGAUCUAGUAAUGGUGCGGCUCGGGAGCUGCGGCGGGCUGAGUCCCGAGGCCGUGCCGGGCGCCGUCGUGGCGAACACGCCCGGGAGCGUGCGGAUCGCGCGGAAUUUCGACGCCACCUUCGAGGACGAGAGCGACGCCAACUACGUCAUUUCCCAACGGAGAGCGGCGCCGGACGUGGCGCUCGCGCAGCGCUUGGCCGCCGAGCUGGCCAGGGACUGCGACGUCGUCUAUGGCCUGAACGCGUCUGCGGACUCGUUCUACGACGCCCAGGGCCGCGUCGAUGCCAAUUUUAGAGAUUGUAACGGCAACGUCCUCGAGCGACUGCGCGCGCGGGGCGUCGCGUCGGUGGAGAUGGAGUCGUGUUAUUUGUUGCACCUCGCGGCGCACGGCACGCGUAUCCGCGCGGCGACGUGCGCGAUCGUGGCGGCGAACCGGGGCACGGGCGCCGUCGUCGAGAAGGAUGCCUUCGAGGCCGUCGAGGCCCGGGCGGGGCGCGCCGUCCUGCGGACCGUCGCGGCGCUGCCCGCGGACGUGCCACCGCCACCGCCGGCGCCUCGUGAGACGGGCGCGGAGCUCGGCUCGGCUCUGCGCGCCAUGCAAAUUAGACUUGGCAUGAGGCCCGAGGGUGCGACCGAAGCGGACCGCAAGCGCUUCGAGGAUGAGGAUCUCGACCGGCCCUACGGGCGCUAGGCGACUCGGCCAUGUACUAGUUGUGAAACACAUACUACUAGUACUGUC